UUAUUGUAAGGUAGUAGGUGAAUGUGUAUAUACUAUAUAAAUUUCUCAGCCUUCACUUAUUUUUUAUAUUCAAUGGUCAUCAAUCAUAUCCCAACUUCUAUCUAUGUCCUGUUCCUAAUUCCAAAGAAGAGGUAGUAGUUGUUAACAAUUAUUUGAUACAUUACAUUACAAGGUUUUUGUUUUAGUAUGAGUAGUAGUACUAAGAAGACAACAUGGAAAUCUAUGAUGUUGAUCCUAAGUUGUUGCAAUUGCAAGAGUGAAUUCAAUUUGGAAAUGGAGGAAGAAGAAGAAUCAGAGAAGAAAAAAUUGAAACAAGGUUCAUUCCAGAGGCUAUGUUUAUCAGAUGUAAGCAAUUCAAGUUCAUCACAAGCAAUUGAAGAUCUUUCAGUGUCACUAGCUGGAUCAAAGCUUUAUGCAUUCACACUUGAGGAGUUAAGAGAAGCAACAAACAAUUUCUCAUGGAGUAACAUGCUUGGUGAAGGUGGUUUUGGUCCUGUUUACAAAGGCUUCUUUGAUGAUAAACUUAGGCAUGAUUUGAAGCCUCAAACUGUUGCUGUUAAAAGAUUGGACUUAGAAGGCUUGCAAGGUCAUAAGGAGUGGCUGGCAGAGAUUAUAUUUCUGGGGCAGUUAAGACAUCCACAUCUUGUUAAGUUAAUUGGUUAUUGUUAUGAGGAUGAAAACAGGCUUUUGGUGUAUGAAUACAUGCCAAGAGGAAGCUUGGAGAAUCAACUCUUCAGAAGGUACUCUGCUGCCAUGCCAUGGUCAACAAGGAUGAAAAUUGCAUUAGGAGCAGCAAAGGGAUUGGCCUUCCUUCAUGGAGCAGAUAAACCUGUAAUAUAUAGGGAUUUCAAAGCUUCAAAUAUCUUACUAGACUCGGAUUUUACGGCGAAACUGUCGGAUUUCGGUCUGGCUAAGGAUGGACCUGAAGGGGAAGACACACAUGUAACAACAAGAAUCAUGGGAACACAUGGCUAUGCUGCUCCUGAAUACAUCAUGACAGGUCACCUUACAACCAAGAGUGAUGUGUAUAGCUAUGGAGUUGUUCUAUUGGAACUAAUAACAGGAAAAAGGGUAGUGGACAAGUCCCUCACAAACAGAGGAAAAAGCUUGGUGGGGUGGGCAAGGCCUAUGUUAAGAGACUCAAAGAAAUUGAAGCAAAUCAUCGAUAAAAAAUUGGAAGGUCAAUUCCCCAUGAAAGGUGCCAUGAAGGUUGCUUCUUUGGCUUAUAGAUGCUUAUGUCACCAUCCAAAUCCAAGGCCUACUAUGAGUGAUGUUGUCAAGACAUUGGAGCCACUCCAAGACUUUGAUGAUAUUUUCUUGCGGCCAUUUGUGUAUGUUGCCACUAAUCAAAAUGGUAACAUAGAUACAAGGUAGCAUGGUAUAGAUAACAUAGAAGAAGAACAGGUUCAAGAAAAUUAAUUUCUGAAUAUAUGUAUAAAAGUUCUACACUUGUUCUUGAUUUUGACACUUAUAAUUGUUGAUAUAGUCAAAUAUUCAAAAUAAACUAUAGUAACACAUUGUUGAAUGUGAGGGUCCAAAAUAUACAAGAAAAUUUUGACCCUUACACUCAAUGAUAUGUUAUAAAAUCACUAAGUAAGUUUGACUAUAUUAAUUAUUCUAUGAUAUGUCAUUCAUGAAUACAAGUGUAGAAUGUUUUAUACACAUUGUAUGAAAACUUAUAAGAUGUAACAUAUAGCAAAAAGUAAAUUAUUAAAAAAAAAACAAAAGAAAGAAGAAAGAAAAUGAUGUGUUUAUUUAUUAUUUGAUUUUGUAAAGGACAGUUUUAUCUCAACAAUUUGGGAGCGGCAGCAAGUGAAUUUUGUUACUGUCUAAGGUGGACUUAGUACUACAAAACACUCUAUACCAGAAAAAUUGUAGUAAUAACAUUGGAAACCAAGUUGUCAUUAAGUGGCAAUUGAGGUUCAAAGAUUUGGUUAUGUAUACAACAAGCAAGCACUUGAAGGAAGUGUUUGUUCAUACUUUUACUAAUUACUUGCUAUCAGUUUGACAAUUUUAAGGUUAUUA